AUGGAGGGCUUCAAGGAAUUAAUCCUGAGGCAGAUCAAGGCCCUCCGUCCUUCGUUCUUCUCCAAAGAACCCCACUUCAAUUUCAUCACCGCCCAUUACUUUUGGAUCAUCGGUCUCACCCUGCUGGGAUCCGUCAUCGUCUACGGCGCAGGCCGUGGGAAUCUAGCAUACAUAGACGCUCUCUUCUUUGCCAGUGGCGCCUGUACUCAGGCGGGCUUGAACACAGUCGACAUCAACACACUCAACACGUUUCAACAGUCCAUUUUCUAUUUCUGGUCCAUGUUGACGAACCCCAUCACUAUCAACUCGUUUGUUGUCUUCCUCCGUCUCUACUGGUUUGAGAAGCGCUUUCAACACAUUGUCCACGAGUCUCGCCUGAGGAGGGGCACAAUCUCCAGGUCCAAGGUGGUUACGAGGCCUGGCUUGGACGACGCUGAGAGGGGUGUUGACGGCCGAAAGAUCACCGUCGUGCUCAACGGCGCCAGGGCACGCAUUACGAAUGACGGAACCCUGCUAGAAGAUGGGCCCCCUGCGCCAAAACCCGAGACCGCAAACCCAUCGUCGGCGGAUGGCGCCGUUGGCUCGCCGGAGCCCCGCAAGCCCGAGAUCAAGUUUGCUCGCACCGUCACCAAGAGCGAUGGCCUAGGCGAGGAUGCCCUCAAGUUUCCGCCAGCGCGGUCAGAGCAGGAGCACAUUGCUAUCCUAGAAAGACAACGGAAUGCCGACGAUGAGGUGCUGCGAAUUCCAAACCCGAGGGAUGUCGAGCGCGGCAUCCGUCCGAAGCGUGUCGAAGCCGGAGAUGUUGAGGAUCCUGAUCUUGCGUCCCCCCGGGCCGAGGGUUUUGGCUUGGGUAUUAACGGCGAGCCACGGCUGCCUCGUGCUGACAGCCGCCAGCAAGCCAUCACAAUUGAAGAGCCUGACCGCCGCAGGCUCCAGGAGACCGACUCGGACGAUUUGGCAGAGAACGCUAAAGCUGCGGCUCAUGCCUUUUCCUUCCUCAAGAUUCGGAAGGCCCGGUUCCAGGGCCGCAAGAACAAGACACUGCACGGCGAGGAGCCGGAUGCCAACGUCCUAUCACCCCCUAAGAGACGGCAGUCCUUUCAGACAAUCCGUACCGCUUUAACAAGGGACAAGGUUGAGGGAACGCCGUAUCUCAGCUGGGAACCGACAAUCGGACGAAACUCGGCGUUUCCGGAUCUAACCGAGGAGCAGAGGGAAGAGCUUGGGGGUAUCGAAUAUAGGUCUCUGAAGACCCUCGCUCUGAUUCUGACGGCCUACUUCUGGUUCUUCUCGGCCAUUGCCGUUAUAGGCUUGCUGCCAUGGAUUCUGAACCUCGAUACCUACGGUCGGGUCGUAGACGCCGCCGGCAUCAACAGGGUCUGGUGGGCCUUUUUCACUGGCAAUUCGGCCUUCAUGGACUUGGGUUUCACCUUGACCCCUGAUAGUAUGAUAUCGUUCAACACAGCCACGUGGCCGUUGCUGCUGAUGAGCUUCCUCAUCGUCAUUGGGAACACAGGUUUUCCCGUCAUGCUUCGAUUCAUCAUAUGGGUCUCUGCGCAUCUCGUCCCCGUCGGCACGGGCAUUUACGAAGAGCUCAGAUUCCUACUUGACCACCCCCGUCGUUGCUUUACCUUGCUGUUCCCCUCGGGCGCUACCUGGUGGCUAUUUUGGCUUCUUAUUAUUCUUAACGGCGUUGAUGUCAUGCUGUUCAUUGUUCUCGAUCUCGGAAGCGGACCAGUCGUCGACCUGCCUGGAGGCAUCAAAGUUCUGAACGGGCUGUUCGAAGCCGUGUCUACCCGAACUGCAGGCUUUUCGUGCGUCAACCUAGCUCUCCUCCACCCUGCCGUUCAGGUCUCGUACAUGAUAAUGAUGUACAUUUCUGUGUUCCCAAUCGCCAUCUCGGUACGUCGGACCAAUGUGUACGAAGAAAAGGCGCUCGGAAUCUACGGUGACAACGAUUCCGACGAAAAGACAAGUCAGAGCGACUUAUCCUACGUUGGCGCACAUUUGAGGCGGCAGCUGUCCUUCGACUUGUGGUACAUCUUUGUUGGCUUCUUCAUACUCACCAUCACCGAGGGGCGCCGUCUCCAGGCCAACGACUUCUCCAUGUUUGCUGUUCUCUUUGAUGUUGUCAGCGCUUACGGCACUGUCGGUUUGAGUCUCGGCUAUCCCACCGUUAACGCGUCGCUGUGCUCUCAGUUCACAACGCUCGGAAAGCUGGUCAUGAUCGCCAUGAUGAUACGUGGCAGACACCGCGGCUUGCCUUACGGUUUGGACCGCGCCAUCCUCCUGCCUAGCGAAUCCCUCAACGCCAAGGAGGCAGCGGACGCGGAAGCCAGAAUGGCUAGACAGCAUUCGCACGCGUCUGGUGCCACGGGCGGACCCCGGGCGGCCAGCCUGAAACGCCACAAGAGCUUUAGCGGCGACCAGGGCAACAUUCUGACCUCGUUUCUGCACCCGGGCCCUGCCGUCCCCGCAGAGCCGGUGAUGGCAGAGCUACGCAGGCGGUCCACCGAUCCCGGCGCCGACGAGGAGCCGUAUGCGACCCGGGUCAGCUCGCGCCGGACGGAGCCCGGGCUUACGAGAAGGUCUGACGCCCUUUCCGCUCUGUCUCGACCGUUUACACAUGGCGACAGCCGAGAGUAA